AGCUGUUGCCCCAAAAGUAGGCAUUUUUCUGUCUCCGAUUCCGUGGGUGGAGCCGCCUACCAUGAGCCGAUCCUCAAUAAAGCCGCCGCAGCCGCCGCCGAAUCCAUCCAAGAAGCGACUCUCUACCGGUUCGGGUUCUGGUUUUGGUUCGUCGUUCAUGGACUCCGACGCCGACGUGAUCGAGAUUCCGCCUCCGUUUCCUCGGGGAUAUCGGUCUAGACAGAGACAGGCUAUCAUUCAUGACGUGAUUGAUAUAGACAAAGAUGACAAGUCUGCUGAUAUCAUGAUCCUUGAUGUGAAACCAGACAAAAAGAAUAAGGGGAAGGCAUUAGAAAAUAACUCUGGUGGUUAUGGUAAUCUUCAAACUAAGGAUUCUCUUGAAGCAAUGAAAAAAGCUGAUUCUGAUUUAUCCUUUGAUGACCCUUAUUUUGAAUUUAUUACUGAUUUCAUGGAUGCUGAAGACUUGGCAAUGAUACAAGCUCAUUUUGAUAGUGUUGAUCUUCCUGCCGGAGUAGAGGCACCACUCCCUUGGUUUCCAGAUUUCUCUCCAAGUAAAAAGAGAACUUUUGAGGGAAAUAGUUCAUCAGGUGAUCAUGGGAAAGAAUCAGUGAAAUCUUCGUCAUUGGGGUCAUCAGCACCUUCUCUUGUUGACAACAAGGCAAAUUCAUUUGGUAGUGCAAGUUUGCAGAACCCAGUCAGUGCAAUUCAUCCUGUUGAUCUAGGUCAGCCUUCACCUUUCCCAUUUCUAUCCCCUCCAGGAGGUCCCAAAAAUGAGAACAAAUCAGCUGUUUCAGACCAUAGACGGAGCAAUCUAAAUCAUCCAUUUGUGCACUCUUCUCUAGGUAGUAUUUCAGCUAAUGCCAAUUUAUAUCAAUCCAGUGCAAUGAUGCCACCUUCUGCAGUUGGGCCACCUAACUUGGGACAUCUUAUUCCUCCUGUAAAGGCAAUGGGUAGUGCUGGCAAUUCAUCUUUUCCAAAUGUGUUUAAUGUAAUGAACCCACUGAAUAAUCCUCAGCUUGCUGAACCUGCUAUGUCUCAGUGGAAGCAGACUAUGCAAUCAGCUUUUGUUAAGCUUAACCCUCUUGUAGGUUUUCAUGAUCAAAUUGAUGGUGUAGACAUUUCUCCUCAAGAAGUGGCUGACAUUAGAAAUCAAAAGGCUGUAAAUGAAGAAGACAUUCUCAGGAAGUUCAAACUUUUUAAAAAGUUUGAUACUGUUAAAGACUUUUCAGACCACCAUUAUUCUAGUAAUGGAGUGAAGCAGCCUGCAAAGAAUUGGGUCAAGAAGAUUCAGGAUGAGUGGAGAAUUCUAGAAAAUGAUUUGCCUGAUACCAUAUUUGUUAGGGUUUGUGAGACAAGAAUGGAUCUUUUGAGGGCCGUAAUUAUUGGAGCAGAGGGUACUCCUUACCAUGAUGGUCUCUUUUUCUUUGAUGUGUUCUUCCCCUCUAGCUAUCCACAAGUACCACCGAAUGUCUACUACCACUCUGGCGGACUUCGACUAAAUCCAAAUUUAUAUGAUUGUGGUAAAGUAUGCCUAAGUCUUCUUAACACCUGGUCUGGAGAUAAGAAUGAAAUGUGGAUCCCGGGUAUGUCUACAAUGUUACAAGUUCUUGUCUCAAUUCAAGCUCUAAUCUUGAAUCAGAAGCCUUAUUUUAACGAGCCUGGUCAUGCAUAUUCGAGUGGCACACAACAUGGUGAAAUGAUGUCCCAGCAUUAUAAUGAGCGUACACUUGUCUUAUCACUGAAGACAAUGAUGUACACAAUGAGGAGACAACCAAAGCAUUUCGAGGACUUUGUUGUGGGCCAUUUCUACAUUCGUGCAAAUGAUAUCAUUGUUGCAUGUAAAGCAUACCUAGACGGUGCCCAGGUAGGCUGCAGUCUGGUGAAAGGUGGCAUUCAGGAUGGUGAUGAGGGCAACAAUAUUUGCUCGAAAGAUUUCAAGGACUCUGUAGCACGGUGUGUAAAUUUGCUGGUGAAAGAAUUUACGAUUCUUGGAGUCAAAGACAUGGAGAAAUUCCUCAUCGAUAUCAAAAGUGUGAAGAACCAAACUGCUAACACGCCCACUGCUAGACGAAAAUCCUCAUCGAAACCCAAAGUGUAAAGAACUGAGCUGGUAAACAUGCCAAAGGCUGCACUCGUAAAUAAUCCAUAGUGAGUUACGAUUUUUAGAACUUGACAUGGAGUUUUCCAUUGGAAUUUUCGAAUUAGUUUCUUGACUUCAGUUGUGGAGCAUCAAAUGUAAUCCCUCGUAUGCUUUGCAUAAAACGUUGGGAGGUUACUUGUAUAUGGGUAUAUAUAAAUAAAUAGCUCGUAGAGGUAUUUUGGAUGACUUUUUAACGGGCUUAACUUAUGGUUUUGCCAAAUUAUUUUGGUCUGAACUCUGAAGGAUGUUGCUUUCCUUAGGGGCGGUGGAAGAAUCAAAGGACAAAGGUUCAAAUCUGCUUCUCCCCUAAACGAAGAAAAGAUGCAAAUCAACAUGAGUAAAUGAGAGAGGAAAGAGGCUGUUAUAAUCCUUUUAGUUUACAAUAUUACAUGAUAUUCGAAUUAUAUUAUUUUUGUUAUGAUUUUGAAAUUAAUUGAGAUUUAAUUA